GCAGGAGAAAAAAGUUAGUGACUCCUUAUUGGAUGAUUCUGAUGACGCAGAUGAUACUGGAAAAGAUCAGUUGUAUGGGAAAAUGCCUGGUUUCGUCCUCCUUCAUAAUGACAUUUAUUGCCAUAAGGAAGUACUAAAAGAAGCUCUCUCAAAAUCAACAAAUUGCAAUCACAUUGCUAGGAGGCUCCUUGUUGGUGUUUUUAAACCUGAAAGCCUGGAGAACUGCACUUUAACUGGACAAGAGUGGCGGGCUGGCCCUGCUGGAGAAAAGAAAUCGGCUGAAGCUCUUUGUAAAUCAGCUGUGACUGCCAUAAUCGACUAUGCGAAGAGUGCUGCAGUGCAACGAAAGUGGAAAGUUCCAAAAGCCGAUGGCACAAUUAAGCAUUCUAUGUCUUGCCGGCUGGGUGAAAUCAAACGGGCCAUCAAAAAAGAUGGUGUUGCCGCUUUCAAGAAAAAGUACCUGUAGAUGAUUGCUUUUAUUGUAACAUUUUACUUAACUAUUUUAUGUUAACUAUUUUUAUUUAACAUAUCUAUUUUAUGAAAGUCUAUGAAGCCAUUUUGUUUUUACUAGUCAAGUUAACUAGUAGUAAUUUUGUUCCAUACAUCCAAUUUUAUUUUUU